AAUGUUAUAUAUUGGUGUCAAUAGUAAACUCACUGUUGUUUACCAUUUGUUUGUCUGACCAUUGAUGUGAUCCGACUCAUCACUGGAUCAAUAAAAUAUCUGAGUCGAUGUCGGCAAUGGAUGGUCUGAUUCAGAGGCAAUUGAAUCGGAUAUACCGUCGCGAGUGUCACCAAUUGGGUCGACAUUUAAGUCAAUAUAAGACACAUAGUAAACCACAGAUCAAUCGGAUCCACUGCGAGUCCGACGAUAUAUUGAGCUAUGCGUUGGACGAGAAAUCACUUCCCGGUCUAUACGUCGCCGCCAAACCACUUGAACCCGAUUUUAACGAGUACUUUGAGAUUGAAGUACUUGAGUGCAGCUCUUUAGCCGACAUUGCUUUGGGUUUAGUAUCCAAUAAUCAUCCGAUGGAUCAAAUGCCUGGUUAUGUCGCCAAUUCUGUUGGAUAUCAUGCAGGAGACGGAAGGAUAUAUUUGGGACAUCAAAGAGGGACAGUUGUAGCCGACAAGUGUGAGAUCGGUGACCGAAUUGGUUGUGGCGUUCAUUUUGAACCAAUGGAUGAACGGACAGCCUUUACUUUAAGCGAGUAUUCAAAGAUAGACUCAAUUGUUCCGUCGAUGAAAAUGAAAGUCUAUUUUACUCUAAAUGGAUCUGAAAUAAGUUCAACAGUGAUUACACCAUUAUUUUUGAGAGGCAGUCCUUUAUUUCCUGCAAUAGCGUUGUGUUCUCCGGGUGAAGAAGUAAAGCUCAAUCUGAACCUAAAGUGGAGUCCGUCCGCUUUGUCCAGAAGUGUAUCCGAUGAGUCUCUUAUGUGUAUUGACAGCUAUGAAGAUGAUUGGAUGCGCUUACAUGAUAUUAGACUUAAUGGAAACUUAUUAGAAUAUGCGGGUCGCGGCAAAAGUAUUUUAGACGUAGGACUGGCUCAGGCCCGACGUCCACUCGACACUCAAUAUCAUUAUUUUGAAAUUGAAAUCCUUGAUCCAGGAGAGAGCUGUUAUAUAGCUAUUGGAUUAACGCGAAAAGACUAUCCUCGACACAGUCAUCCCGGUUGGAACAAGGGUUCAAUUGCAUAUCAUGCAGAUGAUGGUAAAAUAUUUGUGGGCAGCGGUGCUGGCGAUCCAUUUGGACCGCGUUGUCAUAGAGGAGAUAUAAUGGGUUGUGGUAUAAAAUUUCCAAGAAAUUAUAGUCUCAGUGAAAGUGAUAAAAUGUCAAAAGCCAUGAAAAAGUGGAGCAAUAGAAGCAAUAGUAGCGCUGAUUCGGAAAUAGUCAACAUUUACAGCUCAUCUGAUGAACAAUUCGACGAACAGUUGUCGGAAUCGUCACAUUCUGGCGGUGAGAAUGAUUCGUCACUCGAAGAGAUGGACGGAAACAAUGAUUUCUUUCACAAAGAGAAAGAUUGGAAGGGAUGGAUGAUUCCGUUGCACAACGAUUUAGUUCCAUUUAAUCCACGAAUUCAGGGAUAUCGUCAAUUGCCGCCAAUGGCACCGAUAGCUAUGCUUCCGUUUGAAAAUUAUUUACAAAGAGCUGAUUCUGUUGUCGAUGAGUCAAAUGGUGGUAAAGUGGAAGUGUUUUUCACACGCAAUGGAGUGAUAAUCGGCCAAAAAGACGUUUCGAUACCAAAAGGAGGCUUUUAUCCAACUGUAGGAAUGUUAAGCACUGCCGAAAAAGUUAAGGUAGACUUACAUCCACUAACCGGUUAAUGCAAUUGUUAUUUACAAAUAUUUUAAAUGUUUUAAAUAUUUAUUCUUGUAUUUAAUCUCAAUCGACGAAAUAUAUUUUAUGAGUUUCAUAAAAAUGUGUGAAAUUCAUUAAUGUUUUACUUUUAAUAUCAUUUACAUUAUUAUACAGUAUUCACUCAAACAUACAAAUGUUAUUUAAAUAUAUUAAUAUUAUACCAGAGAGAAACCCAUUGAAAGCGUCUAAAAAUCUCAUUAAAUAUAAUAAUCAACACAAAUAUAACUAUAUUUUAUCCAUGAAAAAUAAAUUAUUUUUGAUGUACAUAAUAAUAUAUUUGAAAUAUAUAAAUAUACAACAUAUACAUAUAUUCUUUAAAUUAUUCUUUAAAUGAAUUUUAUUUGUAUUUUUUGAAACUUUUAGGGAUAACAACCACUUUAUGUAUACAAAUAAUGAUUUUAUCGUUCAAUGUAUUUAUUGUAUUAGAUAUCAAGUUUGUAUAGAAAAAAUAUAGUCAGAGAGCGAUUUGUUGUAAUUUGAUUUUUUUGAGGAUAAACUCAAAUAUAACUAAACAAAGAAUUUGAUUGUAAAAACAUUGUUAAACAAAUAAAA